AUGAAGGAAUGGAAUACAAUUGUCAUUUUUAGCAUUUUGAAUGUUCUCUUUGAGUUUGCAUCUUCCGUGUUUCUGGGAGGGACCAUAAGUUGGCGAGAGAAUCAGAGAAAGCUGCGUUAUACUUAUCGAGUGACAUUUGGAUUGGGUAAUGGGCCAUGCGGAUCAGCAUGUUCUUAUACAGAUAUAGGAAAGAAAACAAAGGCGGGAAAACCUUUCAACGAAACCUCCUGGGCAUGCGUAGGAUGUUCAAACCAUUUUACCGGAAGUGACCUAAAUUACGUAGUCACUGCAAUUGGAGAAAAUCCCAGAUGGGAGCAGGGUGAAAAUGUAUUUGAACAUAGAAUAAAAGACACCAAAUUCACAAUGUCAAUGAUUAUCCCAUCUAUUCUUAGUAACACCAGCAGAGCAGUUUUAACAACAAUUGUUGAUACCCGUGUUCGAAAUGACACACACAGCAUGAAUUCUAGUCCUAUUGCGGCUCUUCCUCCAUAUACAGGAAUUCCCUUUGGGUGUGUCUCCAACAUUACACUCCCUGUUAUCGACCCUGACAAUGACGUAAUCAAAUGUCGCUGGGCAACGAGUGCAGAAUGUGGUCAAGCUUGCACUGAUCUACCUGAAGCAUACAUAAACGAAAAUUCCUGCACUAUUCAUAUUAAUGCAUCAAAGCAAACAGGCUAUAAAACAGGACACAGAUAUCGUGUUGCAGUGACAGUCGAGGACUUCCCAAGAUUCCCUAUUGAACUAGCGUCACACAUUCUCCUCCCAAAUCAGCCAAUCAGUAGCAUUCCUCUUCAGUUCUUUAUAGACGUUGUUUCGUCAAGCUCCGGUUGUAAACCCGUUAUUACCUUUGAGAACAAGAACUUUCCAGACAACAAAGUUGCGUCUUACAGCUUUUUGGAUUUCCACAAUCAUGUCAACUUUGUAUUUCCAGUAUACUUAUUAUCAACAAGGAAUAUUACAACAUUUGUACAGAGUUUUACACAACACAUCAAUACUACAAUUAUAAGGAACCAUUCAGGAAGUCAUCAUACUUUAGAAUUGUAUUCGAAAUGGCGACCAGUUCCACAACAACUCGGCGAGAAUCUCUUGUGUGUUUGGGGGAAGGAUAAUGAAGGAGUGACUACGAGAAAACAAUGCAUCCUAGGACUUAUUGCUGACUCUGACGAGUGUUUUUCCAAUCCUUGUCACGGUUCUGCCACCUGUGUCAACCUCUAUAGAAGGUACGCAUGUGCCUGUCCACCUGGUUUCAAGGGCUCAACUUGUCAGAAAAAAAUAACCUGUGACCAAAACCCGUGUCUGAAUAAUGGAACAUGUUCAGUCAACUCGACAUUCUCUUGUCGGUGCAAACAUGGAUUUUUUGGAGACCUCUGCCAGUUUGAAGAACAACCCUGCUCAAGUUUCCCAUGCAAAAAUGGCGGGAAUUGUAUUUCUUUGUCGGGAAUAUACCGAUGUCUCUGUCCCAAAAAUUUCAUUGGCCACAGCUGUGGUAAGCAUCAUACUAGCUGCAGAGCUGUAGCACUCUGGUUGAGACAAUCCAGAGAGCUACAGAUCCAAUCAUUGUAA